GCCAUGGUCCCCCAUGUCAGCUCCCUCCUGGUCCUUGUGCUCUGCCUGGGCCAGCCCAUCCACAUGCAGGAGGGUGAGUCUACCUUUUAAAAUUCCAUUUUUCAUGAAUGUUGUGUUUUCUUACAAAGUAUUAUUUUUCCUUAGAGUCCUGUCAUGGCUUAUCUUCAAGCAGGAAGAGACCCAGACCCUUCUCUCUGUCUGGAUGUGUUUGUUCUCAUGCUGUCUGACCCACUGAUCUGCUGAGACACAGCCUUCUUUCACUGCCACAGACACCCUUGUCCCGCUCGACCAGAACUCCUUUUGAGGCUGACUCUCCACUCAGUGGGCUGGGCUGGUUCUCAUUUGGCCAUUGUAUCUCAGCUCAGUGCCUCUCCCCUGUGCCUCCCUGAUGAGAUCAUCUGUCCCUGGUCAGCCUCAAGACACCCACACUCACCUGGGGUACUUGUCACUGCAGUGGCUGUUGGUUUGCAUGAUCCCUCCACCAGCCUCUGUGCUCCCUUUUCCCUCCAGACCAGCAGGCAGGUCCUUGUGUGUGAGACUCGUGUUUAUGAGGCCAGUGGCACAUGGAGCCCCUCUGUAGAUGGACAGAGGGUGACUAGGAUGUGGAUGAAAGAGUAAGCAAGGGAGCUAGUAAACAGAUGGGGAGCCUGUGGGGACCCUCUAGCACCUGCCUCUAUCGGGGAUCACGUGCUGUGGGUUUCAUCUUCCUGUUUCAGGGCUAUGGGACCUCUGCUCCACCCUCCCCAGCCACGUGGCUUUCACUUGAGGGGUUUCAGGACCCUCAAUAGUAGAAAUGGGAACAGGAUGCAAGGAAGGUAGAGAAUGCAUUGGGAAUCCCCACCCACUGGGGUUAUGUAACCAGGGUGGGUAGAGCUCCAUCCCCAUGGUCUUCCAAUCCCCAUUGGUCCCUGCAGUGUCACUCAGCUGCCCUUCAGUCCCAGCCCAGGUCACCCCCACAUCUCAGACUCCUGCUUCCCUGUCCCCACAUGUGACCCAUCACCCUCACCCUCUGCCUCACUCCCAGUGUCUCUGUCCACUAGAUAGUGACUGGGAGCAGGGAUUCAUACCUCUGGCCUCAACCUGCUCUGACCCCUCCUGUGUCACCCUGAGAAACGCCCAACAUGUGACCAGGACUCGGGGUCCUGUGUCAGGGGGGUCACUCUGCAGUGAUGAGGAUUCACAGUCACUAGAAUUCCUGCCCAAACCCUCCAUUAGGGCCGAGCCAGGUCCUGUGAUCCCCCAGGGACAGCCUGUGACCGUCAUGUGCCAGGGCCCAGCUGGGGCUGAUGGAUUCCUUCUGGAGAAGAAUGGAACAUCUUUCCAUUGGGGUGAGAGAAACGUGUCUCAACAUGGUGCUCACUGGACAGAAGGCACAUUCCACAUUGACUCAAUGAAUGAACUCACUGCUGGGAGUUAUUGGUGCCACUGUCUCAAAGGGCCCAGGUGGUCUGAGUGCAGUGAGCCCCUGGAGCUGAAGGUGACAGACAAGGACGUCUCCACUCCAUCCUCAGGCUCAGUGGGGACCCGAGGAAGUGUGACCCUUGUGGGUGAAGUCCAUCCACCACUGGGAACAACCCCUGAAGUCACCCCCCGUCCCACAGGAGAGGGCUCCCAGUCAGCCCCCACCUCCUGGAAUUAUAUGGUAGAGAACUUUGUCUGCAUUGGCCUGUCUGGUGUGGUGUUGCUGAUCCUGGUGGUGAUCCUGGCAGAGGUUGGGCACAGCUGGCACAGGUGCAUUCAUGGACCACAGGGAUGGACACAAGGGAGAUCCAGAUAAUUGGACUCCAGAAAUUAGACUCCAGGCCACCAGGAGAGGCCUCCCCAUGGCCCCCGACUCCAACUAAAGCCCAAGAGACCCAGAGCCACCCCGGUCUGUGAAUUUCAUGGUCCUGGUGAGACUGCCCUGUGCACGGGACUCUGUGCUCGGAAGGGUGAAGGAGCAGCGAGGACCUGGCCUCCUGUGUGGUCCAUUUCCUUCUCCAGGGUUUGGCUCCAGGCCUGACCCUCACCUACUCACAGCCCUGACCCAGUCCUGCCCAGGUCUCCCUUCUCUCCCGGAUCUCAGACAGGCCCUAGGUCCCUGCAGCCUCUGCCUCCCUCUUCUUCCUCCUGGAGACCUGAGGUGUUGCCUGAUUUCUGGGGACCAGGCAUGUGCUGCUGAAGAGGUUGGUUGUCACCCACACCUGCCACAUGUGGAACUGCACCUGUUCUGGGCCCCUGUGCACUCACCUCUGUUCCUGGAAUGGCUUCUCCCCCUGCAUCUGUCCCCUCUGUCUCAGGCGACUGGGAUCUAAAGUCUAGGGAAGGGACAUGGGCCAAAACCACAGUGAGAUAUCAAAUCACACUACGAAGGAGAACUAUCGUUAAAAUUAUUUUUAAAUGGUGGGCACUAGACCUACUGGGGGGAUUACUUCAUAAAGUAUAUAAGUGUCUAACCCCUGACUGUACACGUGAAAUAAUAUAUUGCAUGUUGACUGUAACCAAAGAAUAAAUUAAAC